UACGAGCGCUUCCGGGUCAUCCUCAGAUUGAGUGUGUUGUUGAGGCUCUGGUUCGCUGUUUUCUCGCUCUUCUCUUUUCUCUGUAAAUGGUUCAAUGAUGUAGAUAAGGAGAACAUUUGAGACUCUCCGUGACAUGCGCUACCGGCCUCCGUCCCCGCGGGAUUCGGCGUGAAGACGAGCGUGAACGUCUGAAAGAAGAGGAGGAUGUGGCAGAGUGUUGGUUUGACCGUGUUGGUGAUUGUGGCCACGCUGAUAUGUGUCCUCCUCUUCAUGCUCUUCGGGUGGUAUGUGGUGUGGCAGCUCUUCCUGUCUAAGUUUAAAUUCCUGCGGGAGUUGGUGGGAGACACCGGUUCUCCGCAGACUGAAACCGAGCCCUCCGAGUCCGAGAGUGAACGCAGCUCGCCCCCGACGCCCCGCCACAGACCCAAAAGCGCUCGCCAAAGGAUCAUCCCUCCUGACAGCACUACAUAAAGCCCUGAGCCAGAUCUCCUCCAGUUCACCGUCAUAACCGUUAUGCUGUUUUAGGCUGGACGUGAGGUCAUUUCUUGUGUAACGGACCUGUGCUUUCCUUCACAUCCACUCAUCAUGGUUACACUCGUUCACAGCCCGUCUGAAGGCACGGUUUUUUUGUAUGAACCGGCUCAGCCACACGCUCAUGUCCCGACUAACACGCUGCUACCCUCCACUCCGGAUGUAUAGUAUGUUUACGUGAGAGCGUAUCGAUAUGUAUUUGUUGCUGUUUAACCAAUCUGUUAAUGACUCAAGCUCACAAACAACAAGCUGAUGACCAAACGUCCAGUGUUUCUGUGAGCUAACAGCACUACUAUUCAAACUGACACCACACUGGUUCUGACAUGUGUGGAAGCCGUUUCCACCACGGAAUAAAAAAAAGUAAUUUUAUCUCACAAUUCUGAUGGAAAAACAGAAUCGAGAGAUAUAAGCAUCUUACAAUUCUGACUUUUUUUUCCUCUGAAUUCUGAGUUUACAUAAAAAAGCCAAUUGUGACUUUCUAGAUUUUUCUUUUCAGAAUUGUAUUACCUUUUUCAUUUUUUUUAUUCCAUGGCAGAAACAAAAAGACAAAAUUGUAAAUUUACUAUUGUGUGGAAAAAAACCCCCUGAAAAUUGUGAUAUUUUUUUUUUCUUUUAGAACAGUUUUAGUUUAUUUUUUGAGAAAAAAAUAAUAAUUGUGAAGAAGUUAAAGUUGCAAUUACCUUUUAAUUAAUUUUUUUUUUAUUGUGACUUCCAUACAAAUUUGUCCAACAAGUGCAAUGAAAGCUUCUUUAUUUGUCACAAAGUAAACAGACAUUUUGACAGGAGUGCACACCCCUAUAAUGUUAAGAAUAGGCAUAUUAGGAUGUCUUCGUAAAAUUUCCUUUGCUCCCAACACAGCAUAGUGCUUUAUGAUGGCUGCCAUCGGUCACCUCCACUCCACAUCCUUGUGCCUCUGGCUUGGGUUGAAGUCGUCCUGUUUGAGCGGAUGGAUCUCGGAUACUCCUGCUGUUCCCAGCUUUAGAGAAGCAUUAGAGCUAGAAAUGCUGCACUGACCUCAGGUCAGCCGACCCUGCCUGUGUGUGAAACUGUCCACAGGUCAGCUUCUGAAGAAAUGCCGUUAUCAGCAGUGUAGACGGUCACAUGUUUUGUUAUAUGUUUUUUUUUUUGGUCCCUUUUAUGACAGUAGAUGUUUUCCCUUCAUAAUAAAUAUUUCAUAAAACA